AUCUCUCCCAUUCCCAUUACCACCUCCGCAGUCGGUUCCUCUCCCCUAAACCUCGAACAAAGCAAGAAGAACAAGAAGAAGAAGCCGGCCACGAUACCGAUACUUGCUGGCCAUGUCCACCCCCUCCGGCUCCCCUCCCACGGCCACCCCCGCCGCCCAGUCCACUCCCUCCCCCGCCAACACGUCACAGCCCCCGCCAACCCCUUCCUCCUCGUCUCCACCGCUGCCCUCCGGCCAAGCUCCACCCAUCCCCCGUCCACCUUUACCACCCGAUCCUCUGUCUGCCCCGUUUCCUCCGUCGCCAUCGUCGACGAACUCGGUCUCGACCUCACUUGUGGUCGGAGUCACGGUGGGUGGGCUGGUGAUCCUCUUGCUGCUAAGCUUUAUCUGCGUCUGCUGUUGGAUAAAGAAGCGCUCGCCGCCGCCCCAUUACUACGGAGCUCCCCCGCCGCCCCCACCGCCUCACUACUACGGAUCUCUCCCGCCGCCUCCACCGGCACGAAAAGAUGAAUGGUUUGGCCAGCAUCGGCAACAAUAUGGUCCACCUCGAGCAUAUCAUUUUGUCAAAGGUCCACCGGGACCUCCACAACCACCACCACCACCACCACCGCCGCCGUUGUUUUUGCGUCCUCCACGCCCACCAAGCCAUUUGCCACCUCCACCUAUGAUAAGCAGCAGUGGAGGUUUGGGGUCCAAUAAUUCUGGCGCUGAGGAUCCACCGACUCCAUCCCCCGGCGUUGCACUCGGCUUCUCGAAAAGCACCUUCACUUAUGAAGAACUGGCUAUGGCAACAGAUGAUUUCUCCGACGCUAAUCUCCUCGGACAAGGUGGAUUUGGCUAUGUUCACAGAGGAGCGCUUGCCGACGGCAAGGAAGUCGCAAUCAAACAAUUGAAACCAGGUAGCGGACAGGGUGAGCGUGAAUUCCAGGCAGAGGUUGAGAUCAUUAGUCGUGUGCAUCACAAGCAUCUGGUCUCAUUGGUUGGAUACUGCAUUUCUGGAGGCAAGAGGCUUCUUGUUUAUGAAUUUGUUCCUAACAACACCUUGGGGUUCCAUCUGCAUGGGAAAGGUCAGCCAACAAUGGAAUGGUCUAUACGAUUGAGAAUUGCACUGGGAUCUGCAAAGGGAUUGGCAUAUCUUCACGAGGACUGCCACCCUAAAAUUAUUCACCGCGAUAUUAAAGCAUCCAACAUUCUUCUUGACUACAAAUAUGAGGCAAAGGUUGCAGAUUUUGGGCUUGCAAAAUUUGCUUCUGAUACCGACACCCACAUUUCGACGCGAGUCAUGGGAACCUUUGGUUAUCUGGCACCUGAAUACGCAUCUUCAGGCAAACUCACCGACAAAUCAGAUGUCUUCUCAUUCGGUGUCAUGCUUCUGGAGCUAAUCACCGGGCGGCGCCCCAUUGAUUCAUCCCAAACUUUCACGGAUGAAAGCUUGGUCGACUGGGCGAGACCGCUGCUUGCUCGAGCGCUAGAUGAUGGCAACUACGACGCCCUUGUCGAUCCAAGGUUGGGAAAGAAGUAUAACCUUAGUGAGAUGGCCCGCAUGGUUUCCUGUGCUGCUGCUUGUGUGCGCCAUUCGGCACGGCGCCGGCCAAGGAUGAGCCAGAUCGCCCGAGCUCUAGAAGGAGAUACGUGCCUUGAGGAUUUGAACGAAGGCAUCAGACCAGGUCACAGCAUGUACCACACUUCCUAUGGCAGCUCCGACUACGAUUCUGGCCAGUACAGUGAAGACAUCAGAGAGUUUAGGAAAAUGGUUAUGGGGACCGAAGAGAACGCCACCGGCGAAUCCAUCAUGCCCACCGCCGAGUAUGCUCAGAAUCCAUCGACGUCGAGCAGCGAAGGUCGACACACGCAGGAAAUAGAGAUGGGGAAGAAGAAAGACGUGAGCGAGAAAGGUGGCUGAGGCACACACGGUUUUGGGACUACUUUUACGGGUCUUUCAUUUCAUGCUUGUUUGUGACCUUUUACAUCGGAGUAUCGACGAGCAACCACAAGGCUUAUGCUCAUGAACAAGACGGAGAGAGUGAAGCAUCUGAGAGAGGAUGGCCGCUUGGAUUUGCCAUGAUAGAAGAUGAACGAAUCAUUAAUUUCUUCCGUAGCCAUAAGAAUCAGUAAUUUCUCAUCUAAUUAAGUAGGUUUUACUUGAU